AUGGUUGGAAGGGAAAACAACUGUAAUCUCCCACCUGGGUUUCGAUUUCACCCCACCGAUGAAGAAUUGAUCAUGUUCUAUCUGCGAAACCAGUCGUUAUCUAAACCAUGUCCUGUUUCUAUAAUCCCUGAAGUUGAUAUCUACAAAUUUGACCCAUGGGAGUUGCCUGAGAAAACGGAAUUUGAAGAAAACGAAUGGUAUUUCUUCACACCUCGCGAUAGAAAAUACCCAAAUGGAGUUCGCCCAAAUCGAGCAGCUGUUUCAGGGUAUUGGAAAGCUACAGGGACAGAUAAAGCGAUUUACAGUGGAUCAAAAUACGUUGGCGUGAAGAAAGCUUUGGUGUUCUACAAAGGUAGACCCCCAAAGGGGGUUAAAACCGAUUGGAUUAUGCAUGAGUAUCGAUUGAAAGAGUCUCGAUCACAACCCGCUAAGAAACUCGGAUCAAUGAGGCUUGAUGAUUGGGUUCUAUGUCGAAUUUACAAGAAGAAAACUGCUGCAAAACCUUUGGAACAAAGAGAAGAAGAUUCAAACGCCGAAAAUGUUGUUUCCGAUGAUCAUAAUUCCAUGGAUUUGCAAUCAAUGAAAAUCCCGAGGACAUUUUCACUUGCUCAUCUAUGGGAAUUGGAAUCAUUAGGUUCGAUUUCUCAUCUUUUAGAUGAUCACAACACAAACUAUGAAAACAAUGCCGGAAUCGAAACUGGAAUUGGAAUCAUGCCUCAAUCGUCAACUCCAAUCCUGGAAACGAGGGUAAGGGAAUCGCAUCCCAUCAAGUUUGAAGACACCCAUCAAAACAACUUAAACCAAUCAAGUUUUUUCAGUCCAAUGUUCGGAUUCCAAUGA